GUGCUGGCCGGUUUGCGCAUCCUUGUAGUAGUAACAUGGAGGGAUGGGUCAAUAAUUCAUUCCUCGCAGGGGAAUAAUUGCGCUUACGCCUACCCUGCUGCUCCCCCAUAAAUAUACGCUCCGGCUCCUCCUCUUUGCUCGCACAGUCAAGCCCAUCCGGGAUCAAAAACAUCCGUACGCAUCCGUGCCGACUGAGUACUAGCUAAGACACAUUGCAGCCCCGCUCCUCGUGUUGGUUUUGAGAUAGUAACAUACUAUCAAUCUAGGUUUGUUUGUCAAGUUGAAUUAGCGCUCUAUGGACGCGGCGGCGGCUGCGAUGGAGGCGGGUGCGCCGGCGAGGAAGGAGUCGGGGCUGCGGCUGCUGCCGGCGCGGCACGGCGGGCACGCGCACGGGCACAGCGGGCUGGCCCGGACGGCGCACGGCAUGUCUUCGUCCUCGCUGCGGAAGAAGUCGGACGCGAGGCUGGUGCACAAGUUGCCCGUGGCCGGGCUGCGGCCCGUGCUCGCCAACCUCCAGGAGGUCUUCCUCGGCACCAAGCUCGCCGUGCUCUUCGUCGCCGUCCCGCUCGCCGUCGCCGCCCAGUGCUUCCACUUCGGCCAGGUCUGGGUGUUCGCGUGUAGUCUAAUCGGCCUCAUUCCUCUCGCGGAGCGCGUCAGCUUCCUAACAGAGCAGCUUGCGCUCUACACUGGCCCAACCAUCGGCGGGCUCCUGAACGCGACGUGCGGCAACGCGACGGAGCUGAUCAUCGCGCUGUUUGCGCUCAUGGAAGGCAAGAUCGAGGUGGUCAAGUGCUCGCUGCUGGGCUCCGUGCUCUCCAACUUGCUCCUCGUCCUCGGCACCUCCCUCUUCUGCGGCGGCAUCAAGAACCUCCACCACGAUCAACCCUACGACAGGAAACAAGCGGACGUCAGCACGGGCCUGCUGAUCCUGGGCGCGCUGUGCCAGUCGCUGCCGCUGCUGCUGCGGUACGCGGUGGGCGCCGGGGAGCACUCGGUGGCGGCCGACACGACGGUGCUGGAGCUCUCCAGGGCAUCCAGCUUCGUCAUGCUCCUCGCCUACGUGGCCUACCUCUUCUUCCAGCUCAAGACGCACCGCCAGCUCUUCGAGCCGCAGGAGAUCGAGGGCGGCGGCGCCGGGGGCGACGAAGCCGAGGAAGAGGAGGUGCCGGUGCUGGGCUUCUGGAGCGCGCUCUUGUGGCUCGUCCUCAUGACCGUCGUCAUCUCCGUGCUGUCAGAGUACGUGGUGGGCACCAUCGAGCCCACCUCCCAGGCGUGGGGCCUCUCCGUCAGCUUCAUCAGCAUCAUCCUUCUCCCCAUCGUCGGCAACGCCGCCGAGCACGCCGGCGCCAUCAUCUUCGCGCUCAAGAACAAGCUCGACAUCACACUCGGGGUGGCAUUGGGGUCGGCCACGCAGAUCUCCAUGUUCGUGGUGCCAUUGAGUGUCCUUGUCGCUUGGAUCAUGGGCAUCCAGAUGGAUCUUGACUUCAAGCUCCUAGAGACCGGCUCUCUCUUCAUCUCGGUGCUAGUCACAGCAUUCACCCUCCAGGAUGGAACCUCACAUUAUCUGAAGGGAGUCCUCCUCCUCCUCUGCUACAUUGUCAUCGGCGCCUGCUUCUUCGUUACCAGACAACCAGCACAUCGCGCAAACAGCAACGGCACCCUGCUGAAUGUACCAACCGUCCCCAUGAACGUCCAGGUGGCAUGACUGAUUAAGAGUGCCGCCUGAGCAAAACCAGCAUUAUUCAAGACAGAGCAAUGUUCGAGCCUGAAACCACCAAAGCCUGUAUGUCCAUCAUCUGUGCGCAUAUAGCUUCGUGUGCCAAUUCGAUGAAGAUUCAGGGAGAGAAUUUCCGACGAUCACAACCCUGUGCAGAAGGAAUUCGUUGAUUAGUUGUUGAGCGGGAAUGCAUUCAGUAGUUGUGCCGGUUAUUUCAAUUGCUUGUAUUGGUUUUAAAUUAGGCUGUUCAUGAUGCAAUAAGGUCAGCUGAUCGAUUUGCGUGUAGCUAGUCGUAUGUACAUCAACGUCGGUCGGUCGUUGCAUUUUAUCCGCGGAUGAAUAAGAUAUAUGUCGUGAUACAUACAUGGUGUUUGAUGUU